AUGGGAACUCCGGAAACCUCUCGAGAACCGUGCCCCGACCGCAUCCUCGACGACAUCGGCGGGGCCUUCGGCAUGGGGGCUGUCGGCGGCUCCGCCUUCCACUUCCUCAAGGGCGUCUACAACUCCCCUUCUGGCACUCGGCUCAUCGGCGGCUCGCAAGCCGUGCGUAUGAACGCGCCGCGAGUGGGUGGUAGCUUCGCCGUCUGGGGUGGCCUCUUCUCCGCCUUCGACUGCACCAUGGUCUAUGUCCGCCAGAAGGAGGACCCCUGGAACUCUAUCAUCGCCGGCGCCGCCACCGGUGGCUUCCUCCAGAUGCGACAGGGCCUCGGCGCCUCGGCUCGAUCGGCUGCCUUCGGUGGGGUCCUCCUGGCUCUGAUCGAAGGAGCUGGGAUCAUGCUUAAUAAGUUCAUGAGCCAGCAGCAGCAGAUGCCCAUUGUGAUUGAAGAGCCGGCGAGCGUGGCCGGUUUGCCUGGGCUUCCUCCUAUGGGCCGUGCUCCGGGUCAGCCGGGCUCGGAGCCAGCAACGUCGAUGAGCAGCAGCGGCGCUGAGGCUAGUUCGGGAGGGUGGCUUGGAGGGUGGUUCGGGAAGAGCAAGGAGCCUGAGGCUAAGAGUAGCGGAAGCGAGACAAAGAUUUUGGAGAGCUUCGAUGCCCCGCCCUUGCCCAGCUUCGAGUACAACAACAAAUAG